CAGGCACCGGGCUCGGACACCGGAAGCGGAAAGUCUGUCGAGUCGGGUCGACACCUCGGGAUAAAGUAGCCAUGCGCGUCUUGGAGGAGACUGGGCCUGAGGCCACAGCGACCCCGUGCGGGUGCGUGAAACCGGCUUUGGAAACAGGGAAUCUUUUAACUGAGCCAGUUGGCUACUUGGAAUCAUGUUUCUCAGCCAAGAAUGGUACUCCAAGGCAGCCAUCUGUUUGUAGCCUUUCGCGGGCUUGUUUGAGAAUUCGAAAGAGCAUCUUUAAUAAUCCUGAACAUUCCUUGAUGGGCUUAGAACAGUUUUCUCAUGUUUGGAUUUUGUUUGUUUUUCACAAGAAUGGUCAUUUGAGCUGUAAGGCAAAAGUGCAGCCUCCUAGGCUGAAUGGCGCAAAGACUGGAGUUUUCUCUACUAGGAGCCCUCAUCGUCCCAAUGCAAUAGGAUUGACUCUGGCCAAGCUGGAAAAGGUAGAAGGUGGCGCCAUCUACCUUUCCGGAAUUGACAUGAUUCAUGGCACACCUGUCCUAGACAUAAAGCCCUACAUAGCUGAGUAUGACUCACCACAAAACUUGAUUGAACCUCUACAGGACUUUAAUUUACAGAAUACGCAACAUAAGCAUCCAAACUUGUCCCAGUCUGGUGGCAAGACUGACAGCUGUGACCAGCAGCAGCUCUCAAGGUGCGAUAAGCCACCGCCCUGUAGCCACCCUAAGGAGAAACUUAAAUGUCCCGAAGACAGAACUUCAGGAGAAAACUAUAUGAAACGGGACAACUCAACAAAAAUCCGGCGAAACUCCCCUAAGCAUGGAGAGAGAGUGGGAGAUUUGGGUGUCAAAUCCACAAGUGAUCAGAGUCCGCGCGUGGCUGAAGAGCAAAUUGGCCCAUAUUUCCUGGAGAAGAGCUUUUCAGAGGAAGAUACAGCAAGGAGGCUAAGGAGAGGGAAAGAAGCAGUAAUUGCACCAGGAAGUAGUGCAGAGGUCCAUCGUGGGGCCCUUCGCUGCCCGCCCAGGACUGAUGCAGCCUGCUGCAGCGUGGUCCCUGCCUGGGUGAGAGAGGCCCCCGUGGCCACCCUGGAUGUGCGGUUUACUCCUCAUGCAGAGAUGGAUCUUGAGCACCUCAGUUCAGGAGGUGAACCAGAUGGCAGUCAGUCUUCAUUUAAAUAUUUUCAAUCAGUAGAGGAAGCAAGGCAUGCCAUUGAGGCUGUGUUGUCAGCUGACCCUCGGUCUGUAUAUCGACGGAAGCUCUGCCAGGACCGCCUUUUCUACUUUACUGUAGACAUAGCGCAUGUCACUUGCUGGUUUGGUGAUGGCUUUGCAGAGGUUCUAAGGAUCAAGCCAGCUUCAGAGCCUGUUCAAAUGACUGACCCUACAGAGUCCUUGGUGUCUAUGGGAUCGUAAGUAGCCUCUAUCAUGUGUUUAAGACAGCCUAAUUGACUUUGGAUGUGGCUGUUGGAUUAUCUGUAUAAGCUGACGAUAUGCUCUCUUUGCAAAAAGAAGCAACACUUUGUUAUCUCAUUGCUUUGAUUGAUUUGGGAUGUUCAGAAUAUUUAUUUGAAAUUUGUAUUUUAAUAAAGUGAAAGAUGUAAAAUUUAGAGAAAUUCCCAUACGCUUUUCAAUUAGUUAAUAUUGAAGAAUCCAAAAGUGAUGAUGUGUCAGUGAGUUCUCAAAGAAGUUGAUUGUUCUUGACACUUGGUAAAACUGGGCAGAGAUCAUUCUAGCAGGAACUCACAAGCUAAGGGGAUCUGUUCAACAAUUCAUAUUGGUUUUCUUGUCUGGAAUAGCUUGACCCCCUAUUUUUUUCUAAAUCAAACUGAGUUAACGGUGUUUUAGGAAACAGAAAAUAAGUGGUUAUAAAGAACGUUAGAGAUUAAACCCCUGUGUAUCAGAGACUUUGACCCAUACACAUAGUUAUAUAUGUAGCAUGUGUAUAUUUAAUCCUGAUUCCAAAAUAGGGACUCUGAGGUUUCUCUGGAUGUCUUUUUAUCAGAAAAGAAAGUCACCCCAGAGGUCCAAGAAAAUAACUUAAUUACUGGCUUAUUUCUUACUUAUUCCAUGAGUAUUUACUGAAAAGCUAGCGUGGGUUAAGUUUUGGUGAUAAAAGGAGGUAAAAACAAGACGCAGCUCUUGUUGCAAGUCAUAGUUAGGAGAGGAAGAAGACAUAAGCACAUUAAUUUAUUACAGUUAGAUAAAUAUAGUAAUUAAGUUUGUACAUGGUUCCUGUGCAGCACCACGUAGGAAGCGGUUGUAGGAAUAUAUUGCCUAUAGGUGGUGUUAAUGAUGUUGAUCCCAGAUAACUGAAGAUUUAUGAUCUGCAUAGCCAAAUUAGACACCUGUCAACAUGACAAGCUUUCCUAAUCACAACUGUAAAUCUUAAUAGCUGAUUGAUCAUGGUUUUGAAAUGAGCCCUGCUGCCUGUAGAUACUUGCACAGAGUCAUUUGUGGCUGAUGACACUGCACUCUUGAGCCAGACUGAAUUGCCUUUGAGGUCACUUAGAACCUCUUGGGGAAGUAUCUUUAAUUUGAUUUUUAAAAGCACUUUAUUUUGAGAAAAUUACAGAUUCACAGGAAGUUGCAAAAAUAGUAUAGAAGCCACGUGUACCCUUCAUCUAGCUGCUUCCCGUAGUAACAUCUUACAUAAACUGUAGUAUAAUGAUAAAACCAGGAGGUUGACAUUGGUAUAAUCUACCCUUUAUUUUGGAUUUUGAUGCCUUUUCUCUUAAAAUUAUUUUGAGACUAAAUCAGGGCUUGAGGCACAAAAUGUUGAUAUUUAAUAUUGAAAAAAUAGUGUGAGGAUGGUAACAACCAGCCUUCUAGCAAGAGGACUGUUCAGUUGUUUGAGACUUUAAUAUAAUUCUCAGGAAUAUGUAUGAUAGUGCUCAUUAUUAAAAUGCUCUUCCUUUCUAGGAGAUAAAGUCUGUUCUCUUAGAGCCACUGACUAGUGGGGCCACAUAACAUAAGGCCAGUAGCGCCCUUGUCUUAGCCUGUCAGAUAUCAUCUGGCUCCCUGCCCCUCAGUCCUGUGUCUUGGCUGAGCCACCCUCAUUUCCUUCAGCUCCUUCCCAUGUAACAUGAUGUUAAGCCUCUCCCCACCCCGAUCUUUGAAUCCCCCGUGUGAGCUUUUGUCUCCAGGUAUGUAUUUUCAGUGUUCUGUUGUCAGGAAAUUUGGAUCUCCAAGUCACAAACUUCCAUCCUUCAGAAGAGAAAUAGUUUGAAGUAAGUCUUAUAUUCCUUUUCAUUGUGGGAACUUCUCCAGAAGAAAGAGGUACAAGGCUGUUAUCUACCUUAAAUUUUAGAUUUGCUGUUUGGUGCCUGUAGGGGGAGCCCUUGAUAACUGAUUAUUUUCAUUUCACUAGCCUGGAGAUAAAUUCCAGUUGUUCGAGCUGUUUAGGUAAUUUUGACUUUCCGCCCACUUACCCCAGCUUUCCUGAACAGUAACUUCCACAAGAAAUACUGAUGCUUGUCUAUCACUUAUAGGAAGAGGUUAGA